AGGCUAAAUAAAGGAAUGUACUUUGCUGGUGGUGGAAGUGCAGCACUGGGCAGAGUGUACGAGUUCUUUUGGAAGAAGGAUUUGAUAAAGGUGUACAAGCAUACAGGGGAUGUUAUGUUAGGUCCUUAUUACUCAACAAAAUUCUCUAAUGGCAUGCAUUAGGGAAUGUUUCUCCUCGCUUUUAACUAGUAAACAAUCAUCAAUUAGGUAUAUCAUAUAGGGUGAGAUAAUCCAGACAUUUUAUUGUUAUUCCAUUUGGUUUUUUAGCUAAAGAGAUAUGAAAAUGAUAAGCUAGCAAACAACUUCCUCGUUUAUUUGGUGUUCAGCUUGAUUAUACAUAGAUGUUUUUAUCCAAAGGUGCCGGUUUGUGAAUUGCUGUCAUGUUUAGUUUCCUUUGGCAGUGAGUUGUGGAACUUGUGCGAUUUCAAGGUACUGUUUGAAUUGAUAUGGAGGGACUAUUUCCAUCAAAUAUGGUAUAAGUGGUUUUCGUUCUUUCUGGAUAACUUGAAAGGAGGACUUGGCGAACAUUGGAUAAAAAGCCUUAUAAUUACUCUUACGCACAUGUCCAUGUAGGCUGCAAAAUUGCAUCGUCAUUUGUAUCAAUAACUGUGUCUGUUGUAAACAUAUUUCCAUGGGAAUAUAUACAGGUGGACUGAGAGAAGUAGAGGCUAGGUGGAGCCAAGAUCACAAUUUCUUUAAAUCUUGGAUAGACGGCUGUACAGGGUAUCCUCUUACAGACGCAAGUAUGAAAGAACUAUCGACAACUGGUUUCAUGUCAAACCGAGGACAACAACAACUAAGCCUUUAGUCCCAAAAAUGUUUGGGUAGUCUAGAAAUGAAACGCAAAUCAUACACCAUCUUACUUUUGUUUUGGUUCCGGUACGUGGAUCGCGGAUUUCCUCACGCCCCUGACUAAUGCCGCCUAUCUCGACGUCAAACCGAGGAGGACAGAUAGUUUGCUCGUUUAUUGUUAGAGAUAUGGGCACUGAUUGGCGUAUGGGUGCUGAGUGGUUUGAAACUUGCCUCUUGGAUCACGACCCCAAUGUGCAAAUUAUGGGAACUAGACAUCUUUUGCAGGUGUUGGGAAUGAUCCAAGAGAGGAUCGAUACUUCAGUAUCCCCAAGCAAUCCCAGAAUUAUUACCCAGUGGUCCUAAUAUAUUCAAGGGAAAACACUUCUCAGUUGAACCCUUGUUGGUAAAGUUGUUAAGAGUUUCUUGCGAGCUGUAACUCUGUCAACACAAUAUCCAGUUAUUUCAGAUGAUAAAACUUUGUAUUUCAAUUUUGGAUAAGAAGUCGGUCAAAUGCUUUUAACAGGUUUCAAGCUAGUAGUCUUGCUAAUCGUGAUAUUUCGGAACUGGUUGAGUGUAACGGUCUACCUUGUAUGGCGCAAGUGGGUGAUUACUCAACUGGUUACAUUAUUUUGGA